AUGGCUCUUGUCGCAGCAAAAAAAGAGGAAGACUACAGCAUCAAGCCUGAAGCUUCAACCCCAGCCGUUGACACCAGCGACUGGCCUCUGUUGCUGAAGAACUAUAACAAGCGUAUGAGAGGCAACUUUCUCGUUCGAACCGGACAUUUCACGCCCAUUCCCAAUGGCUGCGCUCCGCUCAAGCGCGACCUCAAAUCAUACAUCAGCUCUGGUGUUAUAAACCUUGACAAGCCGUCCAAUCCUUCGAGUCACGAAGUAGUUGCGUGGGUGAAGCGCAUACUCAGAGUAGAGAAGACUGGCCACAGUGGUACCCUCGACCCGAAGGUGACAGGAUGCUUGAUUGUCUGCAUUGAUCGUGCAACAAGACUUGUGAAGUCACAACAAGGAGCUGGAAAAGAAUAUGUGUGUGUCAUCCGACUACAUGACAAGCUGCCGGGAGGUGAAGCGCAAUUUGCGCGAGCCCUCGAGACUUUGACUGGUGCUCUGUUCCAACGUCCCCCUUUGAUCUCCGCCGUCAAGCGACAACUGCGUAUCCGAACAAUCCAUGAGAGCAAGCUAUAUGAGUUCGACAAUGAAAGGCACCUGGGUGUAUUCUGGGUCAGCUGCGAAGCUGGAACCUACAUUCGUACACUUUGUGUUCACCUUGGAUUGCUCUUAGGUGUUGGUGCUCACAUGCAAGAGCUUCGUCGAGUCCGAAGUGGUGCUAUGGAUGAGCAGAAAAAUAUGGUGACUCUUCAUGACGUGUUGGAUGCGCAAUGGAUGCAGGAUAAUACACGGGACGAAUCGUAUUUGAGAAAGGUCAUUUCGCCAUUGGAAACACUUCUCACUACAUACAAGAGAAUCGUGGUCAAGGACAGCGCGGUCAACGCGGUAUGCUACGGUGCCAAAUUGAUGAUUCCAGGUUUGCUUCGAUACGAGGCCGGCAUUGAAGUUCACGAGGAGGUGGUUCUCAUGACAACUAAAGGAGAGGCGAUUGCUCUGGGUAUCGCACAGAUGUCAACAGUUGAACUCUCGACCUGCGAUCACGGAGUGGUUGCUAAGGUCAAGCGUUGUAUCAUGGAGCGCGACCUCUACCCACGACGAUGGGGUCUCGGACCUGUCGCCUUGGAAAAGAAGAAGAUGAAGGCAGAUGGCAAACUUGACAAGUACGGCCGGCCGAACGAGGCGACCCCCGCUAAAUGGAACAACGAGUACAAGGAUUUCAAUGCGCCACUUGAUUCAUCAAAUUCUGCUCCAGCUGCAGCCAGCACGCCAGCCAAGGAGGUCGCUGCUGCCCCCGCCGCUGCCCCCGAAUCUGAUGCUGUCGACCCUGAUGUUUCCAUGAUCAGCAACGGUGUCGAAGAAUCAGGCAAGAAGCGCAAGCGUCACGAAGGCGAAACGGCGGAGGAGAAGGCGGAGAGGAAGCGCAAGAAGAAGGAGAAGAAAGAGAAGAAGGCGAAGAAGGAAGGCAAGAAUGUCGAGGCUAGUGACGAUAGCGAAUAAGCCUGAUCUGGGUCAAGCUUAUCUGUUUCGUUUCUUCAAAAUCAGGCUUGUUGGCUUUGUGCAUAGUUUCUCGGGCGUUUCGAUGCAUCAAGUUGUAGGAUGAUGUAGACGGGUC